GCUGCUCUGCGUAAGGCCGCGAGCCGUUCCCAGACGCCGAUGUCUGUUGCCAUGUCGUGCUAAAACCAGCUCCCAGACGCAAGGGUUGGGCAGGACUGGUGGAUGGGGCGACGGGGCGUCUUCUGCCGGCACGCCUCAGCCUGGGAGAGGUCAUGGUCUGGGGGCCUGGACACAGAAGGGUGAAGCAUCCCCCAGCCUGGGCAGUGCUGGGGCCGGCACCAUCCCCUGGGCUGUAUGAGGAGCAAGGUCCCUGACAUCGUGUGAUGAUGUAAUUGUCAUUUUGUGUUUCACGGCGUUUUUGCUGUGCGCAAACUGGCACAAAACUAGAGUGUUUACAGUCGUAAAUACAAAGGAAGAGGUGAGUGGGGCCUUUAGCCUUUAAUACUGAUGUAGAAGGCAUUGACUGUGUUUUUUAAAAUGUAAAGGUUAUAUUUCAGUUGUGGUUGUGCAUAGAUGAAGCUUGGUUACGUGAAGUCAGUGUGUACUUAAAAAAACUCCCCACCUCUUCACCAUAAGGUUGCCAUUGUUACAAACUAUGUAUGUGGUGAUAAUUACCGAAUAUUCUGCAUUAAAGCUAAUUGUUCUGAUCACUGCUGAAACCUGUCUUUUCAGCCACAACAGGCACGUAGCUGUGAAAAUAAUAAAAAAUGUCCCUACGUGCACGGAGGCAGCUCACUUAGAAGUACAGGUGCUGCAGCAUUUAAAGGCAGUGGAUCCCAACGGUAGAUAUCACUGCGUCCGGAUGUUAGAAUGGUUUACGUACCGUGACCACGUCUGCAUUGUUUUUGAGCUGCUGGGGCUCAGCACCUAUGACUUCCUUAAACAGAAUGGCUUUCUGCCCUUUGAGCUGGACCACAUUAGACAGAUGGCAUAUCAGAUCUGCGAAUCUGUGAACUUUUUGCACCUGAAGAAGUUGACUCAUACAGAUCUGAAACCAGAAAACAUUGUAUUUGUGAACUCAGACUAUGUUAAAAAGUAUAGCCACAAAUGGAAAUGCAAUGAACGCACCAUAAAAGAUCCAGCCGUCAAAGUCGUGGACUUCGGCAACGCGGUAUAUGACGCUGAGUAUCACAGCAGUCUGGUGUCCACGAGAUAUUACAGAGCUCCUGAAGUCAUCCUAGGACUGGGGUGGUCACAACCCUGUGACGUUUGGAGCAUUGGAUGUGUCCUCGUGGAAUACUACACUGGAUCCACACUGUUUGAUGCCAGGAGGGACGAAGAGCAGCUGGCAAUGAUGGAGCGAGUCCUGGGGCCCCUGCCAGAUGACAUGGCCAAGAGAAGCAGGAAACGCAGAUACUUCUCUCAUGACCGGCUGGAUUGGGAUCAACGGAGUCCAGCUGCUAGAUACAUGUUAAGCCAGUGUAAGCCACUGAAGGAAUUCAUGACCUGCCAGGACGCUGACCACCAGAACCUCUUUGACCUCCUUGGCAAGAUGCUGGAGUACGACCCAGCCAAGCGCAUUACUCUUGAAGAAGCUCUGACACAUCCUUUCUUCUUCCCCUUAGAAAGACGCACCGCCCCUCCACCUAAGAAGGCUGGCAUUUUUUGCCUUCCACCAAAGAAACGUAGACAAUAUUAAGUUAGUUAACUAAGUUAAUUCAGCUGAGUUUUGACUGUUAAAUAAACUCAGGUUGUUUGCACUUUAAA